AAGGAGUGAGACAGAAAUAUCCGGAUUCCGGCGGGCGACACACAGCUGAGCUAUGGAGAGUAGCAAUUGUUUUCUUAGAAAUAGGUAUUGGGUGCUCAGGCAUGGUAAAAGCAUUCCGAAUGAAUUAGGUCUUAUUGUAUCGUCCAUGGAAAAUGGCAUCCUGGAACAGUAUAAAUUAGGUGCCGCCGGAGUUGAACAAGCUCGAUUAGCCGGGGACUCAUUCCGUAAGGAGCUGAUAGAUAACAAGUUCCAGCCUGAGAAUGUGAGAAUCUGCUACUCCCCAUUCUCAAGGACCAGGCAUACCGCACAAGUAGUUGCAUCCCAGCUUGAUAUUCCAUUUGAAGGAGCACAGUGCAUGGUUAUAAAUGAUCUUCGUGAACGGUUCUUUGGCCCUUCUUAUGAGCUUAUGUCGCAUGAUAAAUACCCAGAGAUUUGGGAUCUGGAUGAGAAGGACCCUUUCAAGCAGCCUGAAGAAGGUGGGGAAAGUGUAGCAGAUGUUGUUUCUAGACUUACAAAUGCAUUAACCAGCAUUGAGAAGGAAUUCCAAGGGUGUGCAGUGCUGAUUGUGAGCCAUGGUGAUCCCCUGCAAAUUCUGCAGACAAUCCUUAGUGCAGCAGGAUCCUGCAAAAAUGAAUCAUUCGCUUCAAAAGUAAAAGAAAUCACAGUCCCUUCCAUUCUCUCCCACCACAGGAAAUUUGCUCUUCUCACUGGAGAAUUACGUGCAGUUCCAUAAUUAGUCUCAGCUGCUUCCAUUCCAUUUAUUAUUCACACAAUAAAAUCCUCCUGCAACGUAACUCAUUCUCUUACAAUUAUAAUAAGGAUUAUGUGUGUGUGUGUGUGUGUUUUGUUUAAUGUAUUUUGUGUCAUGAGUUAUAUACUAGUAGGUGAUUACAAAAUUCUGAUCAGUGCGGAUUGCAAAAUAUGCUUUUGAAUACCCAUAGUCCCAUACCUCAACAAUGGGAGAAAGUGACUGCUGUGGGUGCACAAAGCAGCAAAUAUUAUGAAGCUUGCAGAUAGAUGGUUUAUUUUUGGAGUCUUGUCGUUAAGUUGCUACUAACUACCCUCACCCUGGUUGGAAUCAUUGUAGACAACUGCUCUGCUGCAUGCAUGCAUGCGUGAUUUGGUGACGGUCACCUCAGGGAAUAUUGGAGCUGAAUGUGCAUGCAGGCGGUUUUCGAGCAAGGUGGUGGUGCUUCAGCAGGAAAUGAGAAGAUAAUGGAGCAGAGAGGCAAAACCUGUAGCCAUGAUAGUUGACACAUCUUCAGUUUCCUUCAUUUGCUGAUAGACGGACCAACGGAGUGGAGACGGCUGUGAAGCCAGUAAUUGCUCAACCUGGUGUGGUGGUACAUACAGGAAAAAAACAUCUUCGAGGCCACUCAACAAGUCAAGUUGUGGAUUGCAAACUUGGAGUCGUUUCUUUUUACAUCCUUUUUUUUUUUUUUUGCACAUUUCCACUGCUGCUCAGUAGUGUCACUACUCAGUCACUCAUUUCACACACAAAAUUUAAAAUAAACAUCAUACAUACCACAUAUA